AUGGUUCUGGGUGUCAGUCUCGUCCUCCUGGCGACGGCCGUCUCUGCCACGUUCCCCGACUGCAGCCAGCCUCCGCUGAAGGACAACGCCGUGUGCGAUACCUCGCUGGACCCCGUAUCGCGUGCUGCUGCGCUCGUCGCGGCCUUCACGCUCGAGGAGAAGAUCAACAACACGCAGAAUGGAUCGCCUGGCGUGCCCCGGCUGGGCCUGCCGCCGUAUCAAUGGUGGAGCGAAGGCCUGCACGGCGUGGCCAUCUCGCCGGGCGUCAACUUCUCCGCGCACGGCGACUUCAGCUACGCAACCUCCUUCCCCCAGCCCAUCCUCAUGAGCGCCGCCUUUGACGACGACCUCAUCAGGCAGGUCGGCAGUGUGGUCAGCACCGAGGCGCGCGCCUUCAGCAACGCCAACCGCGCUGGCCUCGACUACUGGACGCCCAACAUCAACCCCUUCAAGGACCCGCGCUGGGGUCGCGGGCAGGAGACGCCCGGCGAAGACGCAUUCCACAUCCAGCGCUACGUCUACAGCCUCAUCGACGGCCUGCAAAACGGCAUUGGGCCGGCCAACCCCAAGAUCAUGGCCACCUGCAAGCACUUCGCCGCCUACGACCUCGAGGACUGGCACGGCAACGAGCGCUAUGGCUUCAACGCCGUCGUGUCCACGCAGGACCUGGCCGAGUACUACCUGCCGCCCUUCAAGAGCUGCGCCCGCGACGCCAAAGUCGACGCGCUCAUGUGCAGCUACAACGCCGUCAACGGGGUGCCCUCGUGCGCCGACUCGUAUCUGCUGGAGGACAUCCUGCGCGACCACUGGGGCUGGAACACGACCGGCCACUGGGUGACGUCCGACUGCGAUGCCGUGCAGAACAUCUACGCCAACCAUCACUACACGUCGACUGCGCCCCAGGCGGCCGCGGACGCCCUGGGCGCCGGCACCGAUCUCGACUGCGGCACCACUUAUCCCGACAAUCUGGGCGCUGCCUACACGCAGGGGCUCUUCCAGAACCAGACCCUCGACACGGCGCUCAUCCGCCUGUACUCGUCGCUCGUCAAGCUGGGCUACUUUGAUCCGCCGGAGAACCAGCCCUACCGGUCGAUAGGCUGGAGUGAUGUGUCCACGCCGGCCGCGCAGCAGCUGGCCCGCACGGCGGCGGCGGAGGGGAUCGUUCUUCUCAAGAACGACGAGAAGAAAGUCCUGCCGCUGUCGCGCGAGGGACAGACGCUCGCCGUGAUCGGGCCCUUCGCCAACGCGACGACCCAGCUGCAGGGCAAUUACCAAGGCGUGGCGCCGUACAUCUGGACGGUGGUCGCGGCAGCAGAGCAGCUGGGAUACAAGGUCAACUACGCGGAUGGCACGGCUAUCAACGCGACCAACACGACUGGCUUUGCAGAGGCAGUGGCCGCAGCCAAGUCGUCCGACGUCGUCAUCUAUGCGGGCGGCAUCGACAACUCGAUCGAAGCGGAGGGCCACGACCGCGACACGAUCGUCUGGCCGGGCAACCAGCUGCAGCUGAUCAGCGAGCUAGCGCAGACUGGCAAACCGCUGGUCGUCAUCCAAUUCGGCGGCGGGCAAGUGGACGACUCGUCCCUGCUGGCAAACGACAGCGGCGUCAACGCCCUGCUGUGGGCGGGCUAUCCCAGCCAGGCUGGGGGCGCCGCCAUCUUCGAAAUCCUGACGGGAGCGACAGCGCCGGCAGGCCGUCUCCCGACGACGCAGUACCCGGCGCAGUACGUCGACGAGGUGCCGAUGACGGACAUGACGCUGCGGCCGAGCGCGACGAACCCGGGACGGACGUACCGGUGGUACGACAAGGCGGUGAUCCCGUUCGGAUUCGGGCUGCACUACACGACGUUUGACGUGACGUGGAGCAAGGCGCAGCUGGGACCGUACGAGAUCGGCUCUCUCGUGAAAAACGCCUCUUCUUCCGAUGCGCCUGCCGACACGGCUCCGUUCGACACCUUCACCAUCCACGUCCGAAACACGGGCAAGACGACCUCAGACUACGUCGCGCUGCUCUUCCUCUCGACGCGCAACGCGGGACCAGCACCGUAUCCGCUCAAGACGCUGGUGGGCUACACGCGGGCGCGGGCGAUCCAGCCGGGCGAGACGCGCGCGGUCGACAUCGCGGUGACGGUGGGAUCGGUGGCGCGGACAGACGAGCGCGGGGAUCUGGUACUGUAUCCGGGGACGUACACGCUGGAGGUGGAUGUGAACGGGCAGUAUCCAACUGCAGGGUUUGAGGUGACCGGGGAGGCGGCGGUUCUGGAUGAGUUUCCGCAGCCGCCGGCAUAA